AUGGGUUAUUUAAGACAAAUUGACAUUGAAAACUUCAAGUCAUGGCGAGGAAAGCAGGUUAUUGGUCCUUUUAUGCGAUUUAACUGCAUAAUUGGCACAAAUGGCUCUGGUAAGUCCAAUGUGAUGGACGCCGUGAGCUUUGCCAUGGGAGAGCGUGCAGCCUCCCUCCGGGUGAAGCACCUUAGGGAGCUGAUACACGGAGCUCACAUCGGACGGCCGGUGUCCAACAGCGGCAGCGUGGCCAUGCGCUACCGGGACGAUGAAGACCACGAGACGGUCUACUGUCGGACCAUCUCAGGCGACUCCUCUGAGUAUCGUAUCAAUGGCGUACAUGUCACUCUGGCUAAAUAUCUGGAGGAGCUGGAGAAGAUUGGCAUUGUGACCAAAGCUCGAAACUGUCUGGUGUUCCAGGGGGCAGUGGAGUCCAUAGCUUUGAAAGACCCGAAGGAGAGGACCAAGAUGUUCGAGCUCAUCAGUCAGUCCAAGGAGUUUGCUGCAGAGUAUGAAAAGAAGAAAGAAGCCCUGCAGAGAGCCAAAGAGGACACUCAGUUUCAGUUCAACAAGAAGAAAUCUGCCACUGCCGAGAGGAAGCAGGUGUCCCAGGAAAAAAUAGAGGCCCAGAAGUACCAGACACUGGUGGAUGACCUUCACCAAAACCGCCUGCAGCUGAGCCUGGCUGAGCUGUAUCAUAAUGAGAAGGGCAUCGGCGUCCUCAGCGACACCCUGAGUGAGGAACAGCAGACUGCAGCCGCUCAGAACAAUAAACUGGUAAACUCAGAGCAGACGGUCAAAACCUGCAAGAAGGAACAUGGGCGACUCACCAGAGAGCUGCAGCACAUGGAGAAGGAGAUCCGUUCCCAGGAGCAUGUCCUGUCCCAGUCUCGGUCCCAGUACAUCAAAGCCAAAGUCAACACCUCCCAUCACAAGAAGAAGGCAGACGGGAUCCGUGACACACUGAAGAAGGGUCAGAAGCUGAUAACUGUUAAAGAGCAGGAGCUGGCAGAGGGUCGGCAGGAAAUCUCUGAGCUUGAGCGGACCUGGAAGAGCUAUGAGAAGCAAGUCAAGAAGGAGGGAGUCUCCAGGAUGGACAUCGAGCUGGAUGAGGAUCAGCUGGAGCGAUACAAAGAGCUGAAGGAACUUGCUAGAAAGCAGAGCGCCGUCCUCAGCCAGCAGGCAGAUAAGCUGGACUGGGAGGUGAAAGCGGACAUUGAGAAGAUGGCAUUCGACCAGCGCAGAAAGAAGGAAGUGGAGGUUGGGAUCAGGAACAACCAGACUCAGCUGGAAGAUUUGACUCGCAGAGCAGAGAAGCUAGAGGAGUACACCAAGAUGUGCCAGUCGUCUCUGGAGGAGUGCCGUCAGCAGGAGGAGAGCCUGACUGCAGAGCUGCAGCAGGGCCGCCAGCGCAGCGUGGUGGUGAACGAGGAGCUGGGCCAGGUGCUGGAGGAGCUGGGGAACGCUUCCCUGGACAGCCAAGAGAGCAAACGCCAACUGCGGCGCAAAGAGCUGCUAGAGAGGCUUCGCAGACUCUAUCCUGAAAGUGUGUAUGGCCGUCUGUUUGACGUGUGCAGCCCCAUCCAUAAGAAGUACCAGCUGGCUGUCACCAAGGUACUUGGCCACUUCAUGAACGCCAUCGUGGUGACCACAGAGAAAGUGGCCCGUGACUGUAUCGACUUCAUCAAAGAGGAGCGAUCCGAACCCGAGACCUUCCUGCCCAUUGACUACUUGGAUGUGAGCCCUCUGAACGAGCGACUGAGGGACGUCCCAGGUGCCAAGAUGGUGGUGGAUGUCAUACAGGUUAACAAUUCCACAGGUGCCGCUCAGCUGAAGAAGGUUGUGCAGUUUGUCUGUGGCAACGCGCUGGUGUGUGAGAACAUCAAAGAGGCGAGGAGCGUGGCUUUUGACAGGAAGGAGCGCAUUAAGACAGUGGCUCUGGAUGGGACGCUGUUUACAAAGUCAGGUAUUAUCUCUGGAGGCUCCAGUGACCUGCGGACCAAAGCGCGCUGCUGGGACGAGAAGGCUGUGGCAAAGUUGAAGGAACGCAAGGAACAGCUGAUGUCUGAGAUACGCGAUCUGAUGAGGCUGAAGCGGAAGGAGGCGGACUUGAAACAGAUCAUUGCUCAUGCUCAGGGUGCUCAGACCCGCCUCAAAUACUCCAAAACUGAGAUGGAUAACCUCCGGAAGAAAAACAUCCUCAGAUGUCAAGCGGAGAUUUCUCGCAUGGAAAGUGAAAUGGCAAACCUGGAAUCUCAAAUCCAGAUGCAGCAGGAAAGCGUAGAGGCGAAAGAGGCAAAGAUGACGAAGAUCAAAAAACAGAUUGAACAGAUGGAGGAUGUGGUGUUUGAUGACUUCUGUGCUGAGAUCGGCGUGAACAGCAUCAGAGAGUAUGAGCAGGAGCAUCUGAAACAUCAGGCAGAGCUCGAUAAGAAGCGGCUGGAGUUUGAGAGCCACUGCGCUCGCUUGAAUGCACAACUGGAAUAUAAUCAAGAGCAGCUGAAGCAGCAGGAGAAGAAACUCCAAAAAAUGGUGGAGACCAUUGAGAAUGAGGAGAGGACAGUGGUUGAGCAGAGGAAGGUUGAGGAGACGCUGCUGGUGUCAGUGGAAGACGGUGAGAACAAACUACUGGAGCUGAAGGACGAGCUGCAGUCUAAGAAGCGUCAAGUGGCCGCUGCUAAAUCUGAGCUGGACCAGAAAACUCAGAGGCUCCAAGAAUUCAACAAAGAGCUGAUGAAGCUUCAGCGGGAUGUGUUGGCUGCAGAGACGGCUUUGGAGCAGAAACGUUUGGCCAGACACAACCUGCUGCUGGCCUGUAAGAUCCAGGGCCUGCCCAUCAAUCUGCAGUCAGGGAGCCUGGAUGAAAUUAGUGAGGUGCAGCUCGACACAGAAUCUGAGAGCACUUCAGCCACCAUGCACAUCUACGACAGAGAGGCUCAACUAGUGAUCGACUACUCUGGUCUGAAUGAAGAGUUCAGGACCGCACGGUCAGAGGAGGAAGUGGAGGCCUGCGUGGAGAAGCUGAAGGAGUCCGUUUCCUCCAUAGAGGGAGUGCUACAUCGUACAACCGCACCCAACCUGAAAGCUCUGGAGAAGAUGAGGGAGGUGAAAGACAAACUACAGGGAGUGACGGACGCGUUUGAGGCGAGCACCAGAGCAGCGAGGAAGUGCAGUCAAGAGUUUGAACAAGUCAAAGCUCGGCGCUUCCAGCUCUUCAGCCAGUGCUUCGAGCACGUGUCUGUCGUUAUUGACCAGAUCUAUAAAAGAAUAUGCAGGAACAGAAGCGCUCAGGCUAUUCUGAGCGCUGAGAAUCCAGACGAGCCGUACCUGGGCGGCAUCAACUACAACUGCGUGGCUCCAGGGAAACGCUUCAUGUCUAUGGACAAUCUGUCCGGUGGAGAAAAGGCCAUCGCUGCUCUCGCCCUGUUGUUCGCCAUCCACAGCUUCCUUCCUGCUCCUUUCUUCAUUUUGGACGAGGUGGAUGCAGCCUUGGACAACUCAAACAUCGGCAAGGUGACCAGUUUCAUCAGGGAGGAGUCCCGAGAGAACAUGCAGAUCAUCGUCAUCUCCCUGAAGGAGGAGUUCUUCUCCAAGGCCGACGCUUUGCUCGGAGUUUAUUCAGAUUUUGAUGUAUGCAUGUUAAGCCGCAUCCUGACCCUGGAUCUGCGUCCCUACCCUCUGGCCGAAGAGGAAAAUGGGAGUCAGGUGGAGACGGAGUCCAGAGAGGCCAAAAGAGAGGUCUCACGUAGUCAGGAAUCCACUGCAUGA